AUGUAUUUCCUCACCGGCUGGCCGCGGAGGCUCCUAUGCCCGCUGAGGAGUGCGGAGGAGCCCUUCUACAUCCAGCCCAGCUCACAGCGCUUCUACUUCGCUCUGCUUUCCGAGACACAGCUCAGCAUCUGGUUCAGUCGGCCUAGUGUUUUGAUCGCCAGCUACAUCGAGUCUACCAAGGCAGUGGCACAGUUUGGAUUCUACCAGAAGGCUGAAUGGAAACCUGAUGACUCCAUGAUAGCUGUGGCGACUGCCAAAGGCUACGUUCUGUUGUUCUCUGUACUCGGUGGUGGGGAUGACAAGUACCUCUAUGAGCCUGUCUACCCCAAGGGCAGCCCCCGUGUGAAGGUAACCCCAGGUUAUAAGGAGGAGCAGUGUGCCCCCGUUUUGUCACUGGAGAUAAGGAAACCCGUUGAUUUGGAGGCCCCCAUCACAAGUCUCCAGUCUCUUCAGGAGGAGCUGCUGGUGUGUACUGCAGACAGCUACCUCCAUGUGCUGCACUGGGACGGCUUGGGCGGCAAUGGACGCAAGUCCAUUUGUCUCACCGCAAUCCCCUUUUCGCUCGACCUGCAAUCUGCUCGAGGCGGCCCAUCUCUGGAUCUGGAGGGCGUUCAUAUCCGCUGCGUGGAGUACUGCGAGACACUGGAUGGCUUCGCUGUGGUGCUCAGCGACGGCCGCUUGGGCUUCGUCACGCCGCUCAGCAGUUCCAUCACUGCAGACCAGCUGCAGGGCGUCUGGGCUGCAGAUGUGAGCGAUGGCACCUGCGUGGCGGUCAACAACAAGUAUAGACUUAUGGCAUAUGGCUGCGCCAGCGGUUCAGUGCUGGUCUACAUGAUCGACACAGCAACUGGAUCCAUGCAGCUUUCGCACAAACUGGAACUCACUCCAAAACACUACCCAGACAUCUACAACAAGACGGGUCCGGUGAAGCUCAUCUGCUGGUCACCUGACUUCAGCGUCGCCAUGGUGACGUGGGAAUGUGGCGGCCUAUCGCUUUGGAGCGUCUUUGGCGCACAGCUCAUCUGCACGCUGGGAGAGGACUUUGCGUACCGCUCUGAUGGCACUAAGAAAGAUCCCCUUAAAAUCAGCUCCAUGAGCUGGGGAGCAGAGGGCUAUCACCUGUGGGUGGUGCCAGCAAAGCAGACGAAGAGGAGGACGGAGGAAGAGCAGCAAGUGGCCGAGAUGGCAGAAGCGACGAAGAUGACCGCACCCCCCCAGCUAUCAUCGCAGGCUGGAAUCCUGCAGUUUCACUUUAUCAAGAGCGCCCUCACUGUCAACCCCUGUACGAGUAACCAGGAGCAGGUGCUGCUCCACGGUGAGGACCGCCUUUACCUAACGUGCGGUGACCCGGCGCAGGCCCAUAGCAGUUCUGACACGCAGCAGCACACGCGCUUGAACCCUCAUGGUGACAGCCCUCUGCACCAUCAUCACCAUCAUCACCACCACCUCAACUCCCCCUUAUCUCAGGGACUCAGCACUUUAUUGGGACACAAGCACUGGCAUGUCGUCCAGAUUCAUAGCACAUAUUUAGAGAGCAACUGGCCUAUACGGUUUGCUGCCAUAGACACAGCAGGGCAGUGCAUGGCUGUAGCAGGAAGACGAGGUUUUGCACAUUACUCCUUGUACACCAGAAAAUGGAAACUGUUUGGGAACAUCACUCAAGAGCAGAACAUGACAGUGACAGGCGGUCUGGCUUGGUGGGACGACUUUGUGGUUGUGGCCUGUUACAAUUUCAUAGACCAGCAAGAACAAUUGAGGCUGUAUCAGCGCUCAUCAAACCUGGACAACGCUUUCGCGUCGGUCACCAAGCUGCAUUCUGACACGCUGCUGCUUAAUGUUUUCCGUGACAUGGUCAUCCUGUUCAGGGCCGACUGUUCCAUCUGUCUCUACAGCAUCGAGAGGAGAAGUGACAGUCCAAACCCUUCUGUCAGUGUGGAUCUGCUACAGGAAGUAUCCAUGUCCCGCUACAUCCCUCACCCCGCCUUGGUAGUCUCUGUCACGCUCACCUCAGUGCGCACGGAGACAGGCAUCACACUGAAAGCCCCGCAGCAGGCCUGCAUGGCAGAGAGCAUCAUGUUGAAUCUGGCCGGGCAGCUGAUCAUGCUACAGAGGGACCGUUCCGGACCGCAGGUACGAGAAAAGGAGACGCCCACCAAUAGCAAGAAGCUGCUACCAUUCUGCCCCCCGGUGGUGCUGGCCCAAUGCGUGGAAAAUGUGUGGACUACCUGUCGCUCGGACAGGAAGAAACGUCACUUGCUGGAAGCCUUGUGGCUCUCCUGCGGCGAAGCAGGCAUGAAAGUGUGGAUGCCGCUGUUCCCGCGGGACCAUCGCAAGCCCCAUUCCUUUCUCUCGCGACGCAUCAUGCUUCCCUUCCACAUAAACAUCUACCCGCUGGCUGUGCUGUUCGAGGACGCGCUCGUGCUGGGCGCCACCAACGAAACGGUACUUUACGAUGGGCUGCAGGGGUCCUCUGAGCCGCUGGAGGCGCUGUUUCCAUUCUGCACUGUGGAGAGGACCUCGCAGAUCUACUUGCACCACAUCCUCAGACAGCUGCUGGUUCGAAACCUGGGUGAACAGGCGUUGAUGCUGGCUCAGUCGUGCGCCUCUCUGCCUUACUUCCCUCAUGUCAUGGAGCUGAUGGUCCACGUGGUGCUGGAGGAGGAGGCCACAUCGCGGGAUCCCAUCCCAGACCCACUUCUGCCCACUGUGGCCAAAUUCAUCACAGAGUUCCCACUUUUUCUCCAAACCAUCGUGCAUUGCGCCCGCAAGACUGAGUAUGCCCUGUGGAAUUACCUAUUUGCUGCUGUGGGGAACCCCAAGGAUCUUUUCGAAGAGUGCCUCAUGGCUCAAGAUCUGGACACAGCCGCCUCCUACUUGAUCAUACUACAGAAUAUGGAGGUUCCAGCCGUUAGCAGACAGCAUGCCACCCUGCUCUUCAACACGGCGCUGGAGCAGGGCAAGUGGGAUCUUUGCCGUCACAUGAUUCGCUUCCUGAAAGCCAUUGGCUCAGGGGAGAUGGAGACACCGCCUCCAACGCCCACCACACAGGAGCCCAGCUCAACUGGUGGCUUUGAAUUCUUCCGAAAUCGUAGUAUUAGUUUGUCCCAGUCUGCAGAUUCGGUAACCACUGGUAAAUACAGCUUACAGAAGACCUUCAGCAUGCCUGCUGGACACGGAAGUAAAGGGCGGGACAGUGAGUGCGCUGAGAACAUGUACAUCGACAUGAUGCUGUGGCGCCAUGCCCGCCGCCUCCUGGAAGAGGUGCGCCUUCGGGACCUGGGGUGCUUCUCUGCUCAGUUGGGUUUCGAGCUCAUCGGGUGGCUGUGCCGAGAGCGGAACCGCGUGGCCCGCGUGGAUGACUAUGUCCUGGCCCUGAAGAGACUCCACAAGGACUUCCUGUGGCCGUUCCCAGUCGUUCCCGUUGCGAACCUCAGCUCACCGUUGAAGAACGGACGGUGUCGACCUGUGCUUAGCACGAGGCUCCUCAAAUCCCAGUCGGCUGACAGCCUGCUGAACAGUGACAUGGACACUGCGCCCCCUCCUACGGCUCCAGCCAAUCACACCUGGAUGGACGGCCUCAGCCAAAGGAGUAAAGACACGGAUGCUGCCUCUUCCCUCCUAUCCAACCCGCACUCGCCGCAGACGCACGAAGCGUUUCUGUCACUGAUCACCAACAAAGCGGAAGACUACAGCGUGGGCUCGGCCACUGACCUGACAGAGAGCAGCUCGGUGGUGGAUGGCGACUGGACGGUGGUGGACGAGAACUCGUCCACGCUGAGCCUGAGCCAGGCAGAGCUGGAGCACAUUUCCAUGGAGCUGGCCAACAAGGGGCCGCACAAGUCUCAGGUGCAGCUCAGGUACCUACUUCACGUCUUCACUGAGGCGGGCUGCCUGGAGUGGUGCGUCGUUAUCGGCUUGAUCCUACGCGACGCCAACGUCAUCAAGCGGGCAGUCGCGUUCCUGGCUAGCCCCGAAGUUCCUAUCGAAACGGUGCAGAGCGUACGCAGCGGAUUAUUAGCUGUGGAUGCCUGGACCUCCACUGACUGCCUGGGCUACAAAGCGUUCCUCGGCCUGAUUCGGCCUCACCUGCUGCAGCUGACGGCGGCGCCGACGACCGCCGAACAGGUGCAGCCGGACGCCUUCCAGGCUUCCGCCUGCCAGAGCGCCGCCGAGGGGCCGGGGGGCGCCGCCUCGGCCCGACCCGAACCCGCCGCUUCUACCGCCGCUCCCCUCGGACUACUGACGCUCCCCUCGCUGGAGCCUAAAACUACCGCCGAGGAACGGACCACCGAUCGGACGGAGGAGCGGAGUGACGAGGAGGGCGCCUACGACUGCACCUUGUCAUGA